AUGUUCAGAAAGCGCGAGGCAGAUCACAAAGGCACUGCCAGUUUGAGACACAUCAAUCUGGAAGAGUCGGCUUCUACAGAAGUAUCCAGACAGCAGAUAGCGCCGGAGAAACUUUUCGAGGGGAGGCGCGGGGUGCAUGUCGGUGACACUCAGCAGGUGCAGGGUAUCAGCGCCGAGACACAAGACAGGGAGAGGACGGGCGGGAGACACGAGGCAGGGAGAGGACGGGCGGGGGACACGAGGCAGGGAGAGGACGGGAGGGAGACACGAGGCAGGGAGAGGAUGAGCGGGGGACACGAGGCAGGGAGAGGACGGGCGGGAGACACGAGGCAGGGAGAGGACUGGCGGGAGACACCAGACAGGGAGAGGACGGGCGGGAGACACGAGGCAGGGAGAGGACGGUUGGGAGACACGAGACAGGGAGAGGACGGGCGGGAGACACGAGGCAGGGAGAGGACGGGCGGGAGACACGAGGCAGGGAGAGGACGGGCGGGGGACACGAGGCAGGGAGAGGACGGGCGUAAGACACCAGACAGGGAGAGGACGGGCGGGAGACACGAGGCAGGGAGAGGACGGGGAGAGGACGGGCGGGAGACACGAGGCAGGGAGAGGACGGGCGGGAGACAAGAGACAGGGAGAGGACGGGCGGGAGACACGAGGCAGGGAGAGGACUGGCGGGAGACACGAGGCAGGGAGAGGUCGGGCGGGAGACACGAGGCAGGGAGAGGACUGGCGGGAGACACGAGGCAGGGAGAGGACGGUUGGGAGACACGAGGUAGGGAGAGGACGGUUGGGAGACACGAGACAGGGAGAGGACGGGCGGGAGACACGAGGCAGGGAGAGGACGGGCGGGAGACAAGAGACAGGGAGAGGACGGGCGGGGGACACGAGGCAGGGAGAGGACGGGCGGGAGACACGAGGCAGGGAGAGGACGGUUGGGAGACACGAGGUAGGGAGAGGACGGUUGGGAGACACGAGACAGGGAGAGGACGGGCGGGAGACACGAGGCAGGGAGAGGACUGGCGGGAGACACGAGGCAGGGAGAGGACGGGCGGGAGACAAGAGACAGGGAGAGGUCGGGCGGGAGACACGAGGCAGGGAGAGGACGGGAGGGAGACACGAGGCAGGGAGGGGACGGGCGGGAGACACGAGGCAGGGAGAGGACGGGCGGGAGACACGAGGCAGGGAGAGGACGGGCGGGAGACACGAGGCAGGGAGAGGACGGUUGGGAGACACGAGGUAGGGAGAGGACGGUUGGGAGACACGAGACAGGGAGAGGACGGGCGGGAGACACGAGGCAGGGAGAGGACGGGCGGGAGACACGAGGCAGGGAGAGGACGGGCGGGAGACAAGAGACAGGGAGAGGUCGGGCGGGAGACACGAGGCAGGGAGAGGACGGGAGGGAGACACGAGGCAGGGAGGGGACGGGCGGGAGACACGAGGCAGGGAGAGGACGGGCGGGAGACACGAGGCAGGGAGAGGACGGGCGGGAGACACGAGGCAGGGAGAGGAUGGGCGGGAGACACGAGGCAGGGAGAGGACGGGCGUAAGACACCAGACAGGGAGAGGACGGGCGGGAGACACGUGACAGGGAGUGGACGGGUGGGAGACACGAGACAGGGAGAGGACGGGCGGGAGACACGAGGCAGGGAGAGGACGGUUGGGAGACACGAGACAGGGAGAGGACGGGCGGGAGACACGAGGCAGGGAGAGGACGGGCGGGAGACACGAGGCAGGGAGAGGACGGGCGGGAGACAAGAGACAGGGAGAGGUCGGGCGGGAGACACGAGGCAGGGAGAGGACGGGCGGGAGACACGAGGCAGGGAGAGGACGGUUGGGAGACACGAGGUAGGGAGAGGACGGUUGGGAGACACGAGACAGGGAGAGGACGGGCGGGAGACACGAGGCAGGGAGAGGACGGGCGGGAGACACGAGGCAGGGAGAGGACGGGCGGGAGACAAGAGACAGGGAGAGGUCGGGCGGGAGACACGAGGCAGGGAGAGGACGGGAGGGAGACACGAGGCAGGGAGGGGACGGGCGGGAGACACGAGGCAGGGAGAGGACGGGCGGGAGACACGAGGCAGGGAGAGGACGGGCGGGAGACACGAGGCAGGGAGAGGAUGGGCGGGAGACACGAGGCAGGGAGAGGACGGGCGAGCGGGACCGGCGCCGUGGAAGAUGAGCGGCGGGCAGGCGGGCAGCGACUCGCGCGAACGCGCCGCGUGA